GAUACAACCGGGCCGAGGAUGCGCCAAAGGUUCAGUUAGAAAUGUCGUUAACUGCUGGUUUUCAAGUCACGAAAGCCUCAAUCGAUGGGACAGCCCUCAAACCGUGUACUGAAGCAGCUAGACCGUGUUCUGACAUAACCGUGGACGCCACAGUGCACGCCAGUAUCGCUGACAAAACUCAGUGGAAAGAAGUCCAGUUUAUGGUCGGCACGAAGGCUGAGGCGACGUACACAACUGAUUUUACACCGCAAGGUGCGGGCGGACUUAAACAAGCGACCCCAGUUGACAAGAAUGAUAUAACGCUUAAAUUCGUGCCAACUGGAAUGAAACUUAUAAAAGCCGAUUCGGGUGGCGCCGCUAACGAUGUAGACGUACCCCUGUCGAACGCAUGUCCAGAUUCAGCAAGUACGGUUAAAGAGGGCUGCAUUGCAAUUUCAAAAGUUGUCUCUAAGGUCAAGGUCAUGGGCGAACUUCCAGCGAAAUCGCAGACUCUUAAACUGGAGGGUGCAAAACAGGAUGAAGGACUAGAAGUUGCCAUGCCCUUCACCGGUACCUCCACCAAUACCUCCACCACAAGCUCUGCUUUGUGGAUAUCGCAAUCCGUUGCGGUCAUUCUCGCCAGCCUGGCG